CCCCAUUACAUCAUCACCAUAACACGGAAGCAGUAGCAGCAGUGGGGGGCAGGAGAGGCGCGGAGAGACGGAGAGGUGAAGACAGGUAAAAAACACCGAUAAAUAGGGCCGUUAGAGGGGCAGAAACAAGCGCAAAGAGGUAACGAGAGACGGGCAGACGGACACACAGAGCGAGCAUCAUGGCGCUGAUUCCCUCGCAGGUUCUCCGGGUCGCCAUCCUGCUGUCUUACUUCUCCAUCCUCUGCCACUACAAAGCCCUGGACAUGCCGGCACACCAGACCUACGGAGGCAGCUGGAAGUUCCUGACCUUCAUCGACUUGGUGAUCCAGGCUGUGUUUUUUGGACUGUGUGUCCUGAUCGAUGUGUCCAGUCUGCUGACUAAGGGAGGCGACAGCAGGGAGCAGGAGCGGCAGCUGAGGAAGCUGAUUGGCCUGCGGGACUGGAUGAUGGCCGUCCUGGCCUUCCCCGUCGGAGCGUUUGUGGUGUUCACGUUCUGGAGUCUCUACCUGUACGACAGAGACCUGGUGUACCCCAGACUACUGGACAACUUCAUUCCUCAGUGGCUUAACCACGGCAUG